CACAUUGUUUGGGAAGCAUUUUAGCAGCACUGCGCGACGGUCACCGCAUUUUGUUGUUGUGUUGCGCGUUUAAAAUUGUAUUGUUAUUUUUUAUAUUUUCUUUUUUUUGGACCGAAUGAGAGCCGGCCAAAAGUGCAGUGCGAGUGCGAUUGAAUUUAAGUGAAUACAAAGUGCGGAUCGCAACACAACUUUAUAAAUAUAUGUACAUAUAUGUGUAGUUAGAGCGAGACGGGGCGAAAUAUCAAAUAAAAAUACUGUACUGUGUGUGUGAGCAAAUACUAAUACUACUCAAGCGGAGAACGAUGAAAAUGUGCGUGUGAGAGGAAAAGAGAAUUUAGUGUUUUUUAUAUUAUUUACUGGCCUGCGGCUAUGAGCAAAAAGAACCGAAUAUCAUUGCGGAAAAAGGAGAAUGAAAAUUGCCAAGAGGGAAAUCUGUGAAUCCUGGCGGAAACACACGGCCUCAUCAUGAAUAUACUGCAGAAAAUCGAGGCCAACCAGAUAGAUAGCCCACUGCGGGGGCGGUGCGCCAACGAGAUGGAUGGAUGGAUGGAUGAUGAAAAAUCAAAGAAAAGAGCGCCAAAUUGCACUUGAAAAGUGAAAGAAAUUGCACUGAGAGUGGCAGGCCAAAAGUGUUAGCUUAUCGCUUAUCGGCGAUUGAAUCAAUCAGCCGAAGCCUGUUGAAAUUUCAAGUUCAGAAAUGCAAAAGUGACUGUGCGGCGAAUGGAAAGCUAUUGGGGAAAAUUGCGGAAAUCGCACUUGAAAUAUAAGUAAAGCAAAAGACAAGUGGCUUUGGAGUUGAUUACCUUCAAUUUACCACAAUCGGGCAGGCAGUAAGAAACGGAAAUUAGGGCUUGAUGGCUUUUAAACAUUAAAGAAAAUAAUAUACGGAAAUCACUAUGGCCAAUUGAAGUGAUCUCUAAGCUGGCAUACUUGUAUUUCAGUCAAACAAAGAGUGUCCAGAACAAUUCUUGCGGUUGCCACAGGAAGCUUGAAUCGGUAAUCGCUUGAAUUGCCUAUCGGACUAUCGAACGAAUUGCAAAAGUGAACGAACAUGAUGAGAAAGCAAUUGAAAUCUACUUCCUGCUGGCAGAGCACAUCGGAUAUAGCUUUUAUCAGUGCUUAAAACUUUUUCCGAAAACACUGAAACAACCGAAAACUGAAAGUGAAAUAAUCAAUGUAAAACAUGCCGAAACAGAAAAAUGAAUUGAUGUUGUAAUCGCGACGGCAAUCGCUUAAAUCAACAAUCUUAUACGAAAACGAUGUUGCUGCUAUCGCUUAUCGCUAUUUGGAGAAAUCAGUUAGGCCAACGUGUGUGUCUUUUGGCCAAGCAUAUUUAAGCCACAACAAAUUGUUGUUAUGCGUGUUGCUGUCGCUGUUGCUGCUGUUGUUAUUGCUGCUGCUGCUGCUGCUGUCAUUAUGCAACAUUAUGCCGCAGUUUGAUGAAUCUUUUUUGAGCGACUGUGCGCUCGCCGACCGCUGGCAUUUCUAUUCGUACACGGUCAAGCAAUUGCCGCCACAUCCGAGUCCGAAACCGAAUCGGAAUCGGAAUCCGUAUCCCAGCGGUGCCAGCCACGAUGACCAUCAGCACCAACUCCAUCAUCAUCAUCAUCAACAGCACCAUCACAAUCAUCAUCGUCUUUGGAAGACUCAGCGGCAGUCGUGGUCGCCGCGCGACACCAACAACAAUCAUAGCCUCACAAGCAACAACUGCAACUGCAACAGCAGUAACACCUGCAACAGCAUCAGUGCCACCGGCAACACGUUGCAUAGCAUCAAAUUCCACAGACGUCGCAAAUACAAAAAGCUGGCACGAUUGGCGCUAUCAACGCCAGCGAUUCCACUGCAGAUGGAUGUGGAUGUCGAUGUGAAUGUGACCGUGGAUAGGGAGUUCGAUAUGGAGAUGGACACACCUGUGCCGCUCAAGAAUGCGGUGUGCCACGGCAGCAUCAGUUCUCCAUCCACGCCCGGCACCUGUUCCAGUGGCAUCGGAGUGGGCGGUGGCGGCUGCAGCAGCAGCAGCAACAAUAGCAUCAACAGCGGCAGCUACUCCACCGCCUGCACUCCGCCACCACCCACGCAUCAGCAUCACUCGCAGCACCAGCAGCUGCAGGGCACGCCGGGAGGAUCUAGUCGGGUAGGGGGAGCAGGAGCAGGCGGAGGUGGUGGUGUACCACCGGCACCACCCAGUGCCGGAUCCUCGGGCCACAAGAACAGUCUCAAGGGCACCAAGCUAGCGCGCCGGGCGCGUUCCUUUAAGGACGACCUCAUCGAGAAGAUUUCCCUGAUGCGAACCACCAACAAUACACUGGGUCGCUCCCACUCGCCGCACAGUCCGCGCACCAAGCACGGCACAAAGGCACCGCCCACCACCGAGGAGGUGCUACGGUCCACCCAAACCCUGGAGACGCACGUCAAGGACAUUUCGAAUGCCCUGAAGCACUUCCGGGAUGUUAUACUCAAGAAGAAGCUGGAGGUGUUGCCGGGCAACGGAACGGUCAUUCUGGAAACCAUAGCCAGCAUGUACUCCGUGAUCCAAACCUAUACCCUGAAUGAAAACAGUGCCAUCAUGAGCAGCGCCACGCUGCAGGUUUACCAGAGCCUGGGCAAGCUCAUCAAGCUCUGCGACGAGGUGAUGCUCUCCGAGGACAGCGGCGAGUGCGCCUCCCUGAGCAACGAGAAUGUGCGGGAAGUCAUUGAUCUUCUCGAGGAUGCUGUGCGGAAUCUCGUUACGCUGGCGCAGGGCAAGCUGAAGGAGCAGGAUCAGUGCGCCUUUCGCUACAGUGGAUCUGGCUUGGGCGGCAUUGGAGCGGCGGCGGAGAUCAUGGGUGCGGUCACCGCCUCGCCGGGAGCGAGUGUUCCCGGUACUGGAGUCAUGCGCGUUUCGGCCGCCGAAUCAGCUGCCCAGCGUACUUCGUUGCCGGACAUAGCGCUCACGCCCAAGGAGCGCGACAUACUGGAGCAGCACAAUGUGAACCCGAUGCGCGGCUCCCACAGCACCGAAAGUAUCCUGCGCGACACGAGUCCACCGCCGAAGCCACCGCUACCCAAUAGGGCCAGUAAUCCGCCGCCGUUGCCACCAAAGCGACGCAGCCAGCCGAGCGCAUCAGCUGGUACAGUGGGCGUAGGCUGCUCAUCGUCGACAUCCACCUCCAAUCAGGCCAGUCCACUGCCCUACGCCCAGUCCCAUAAUAUUAGUCUGAACUCGGACCUGGACUGCAGUUCCAAUAUCUCGCUGCUGAAUUAUGGCGUGGAUCGCCUAUCCGUGCGUUCACGGUCACCGGAUGAGAAUAGUCAGUGCUCCUUUGACUCGGCGUUGAAUCACUCACGCGAGGAGGAGGACCAGCAACAGCAACAUCAGCAUCUGAGGUCAUUUCCAAAGUUGGCUGCGAUGAUGGACGAAGACAUGGACAAGAUGGUCAGCUACAGUUUCGUGUCGAUGCGUGAGUUUCGCACUUCCACACAGACGACGGACUACAGUGUCCAGUCCUCCACGAAGUCGUCCAGCAGCAAUUCGGAGAUUGCGUUCAGCAUCAGUGAGUCGACGGCGGUCGGCAGCAGUAGCGAGUACCAGCAGAUUAGCCAGUUGGUGUCGCACAGCCAGCGUCAUAUAUCCUCGAGCAGUAGCAGCUGCACCACCACGACCACCAGCAGCAGCACAACCACCGGCUAUGGCAGCAGCGAAGUGGAGCAGCUGCAGCAGCAGCAGCAGCAGCAGACGACGACGACGCCGGCCGAUCUGGCGCCCGCCUUGCCGCCAAAGAGCAUCCAACGGAGCAGCCUAACCCGCCACGACUCGCCCGGAGUUGGCGAUGAGCUGGACGAGGUGCAGUCCUCCUCCGGCUGGGCCAGCCAUCGGAGCAGCCAGUCGGAGGUGGCCGAGCUGCGUCAGCUGUCGCCGCUCCAUCACCUCAAUCACCAUCCGCAUACUGCGUCCGCCGGUCAACUGCAGCAGUGGCACUCCAAGCACCACAGCCUGAUCGAGGGACCCCGCCUCCAGCUGGCGGGGAGUGGCAGCUGCAGUGCGUUCGAUCAGCGACACUUGGAUCAGGAGCCACCGCCGCUGCCAAUAAAAAAGAAGCACAUUCUGGCGUACAUGGAAAUCUGUUCGGCGUCCACGCGAUCCAUUGAGCAGCAUCGUCACACAAUGCACGCCUGCAACAUAAGUCGCAACAUCUCGCACAGCCAGACCAUGAACAUUAUGCCCAUGAGCAAGGAACUGUCGCCGGAGCUCGAGAUGCCACCUGCCCUGCCGCCAAAGAACUACAAGCAGCGCAAGGCGACAAGCAUGGUAGCAUCACCCACGCUGCAGCCCGUCAUUGUGACCACGCCACCGCCGAGUCCGAAGCCGACGCUGGGCGAGAAUGGGUCGACGGGCAGGCCGGACAGCCGGAUGGCCACCGUAUGCGAGGAGCUGAACGAUGCAGUGGCCAGCGAGGAUGCGAUGCCGGAGCCCCGUUCGCCCGUGCUGGACAGCAAUGAGAAUGUGAGCGCCGUCGAUGAUGGACAGACUUUCUACUGUCACUCACAUCAGUUGCCCGCCGCCGAAAUGGAGAUGAGCGAGGAUGCGAGCAGUGCCGACAACCAGCCAAUAACCACGCCCCAAGUGCUCGAGGAGCAGGAGGAGCCAACGGCGGAGUCCCGACCACUGGUCGCUGUGCACGAGUCGGUUAAGCCAGCGAACGUCGACGAGGAUGAGGAGGCGGAGCGAGCGGAUAUGCUGAUCAACAUGCUGGAAGAGGUCAACAUCACACGGUACCUGAUACUCAAGAAGAGAGAGGAGGACGGGCCCGAGGUGAAGGGCGGCUACAUCGAUGCCCUCAUCGUGCACGCCAGCCGUGUCCAAAAGGUCGCCGACAAUGCAUUCUGCGAGGCCUUCAUCACCACCUUUCGCACCUUCAUCCAGCCGAUCGACGUGAUCGAGAAGCUGACCCAUCGCUACACAUACUUCUUCUGUCAAGUGCAGGACAACAAGCAGAAGGCCGCUAAGGAGACCUUUGCGCUGCUGGUCCGAGUCGUCAACGAUCUAACGUCGACGGAUCUAACCAGCCAGCUGUUGAGCCUGCUGGUGGAGUUCGUCUAUCAGUUGGUUUGCUCUGGGCAAUUGUACUUGGCCAAGUUGCUGCGCAACAAGUUCGUGGAGAAGGUGACGCUGUACAAGGAGCCCAAGGUGUACGGCUUUGUUGGGGAGUUGGGCGGAGCCGGUAGUGUCGGCGGAGCAGGAAUCGCCGGCAGUGGUGGAUGCAGUGGUACAGCUGGUGGUGGAAACCAGCCUAGUCUGCUCGACCUCAAGUCGCUGGAGAUUGCCGAACAGAUGACGCUGCUGGAUGCGGAGCUGUUCACGAAGAUCGAGAUACCCGAAGUAUUACUAUUUGCCAAAGAUCAGUGCGAGGAGAAGUCGCCCAACCUAAACAAGUUCACCGAGCACUUCAACAAGAUGUCCUACUGGGCGCGCUCCAAAAUCCUGCGCCUGCAGGAUGCCAAGGAGCGGGAGAAGCAUGUGAACAAGUUUAUCAAAAUCAUGAAGCAUCUACGCAAGAUGAACAACUACAACUCGUAUCUGGCGUUGUUGUCGGCCCUCGAUUCGGGUCCCAUAAGAAGAUUGGAGUGGCAAAAAGGCAUCACCGAGGAGGUGCGAUCAUUCUGCGCCCUCAUCGAUUCCAGCUCCAGUUUUCGCGCCUAUCGACAGGCGCUGGCCGAAACUAAUCCGCCCUGCAUACCCUACAUCGGCCUAAUUCUGCAGGAUCUAACGUUUGUGCAUGUGGGCAACCAGGACUACUUGUCCAAGGGCGUCAUAAACUUCUCCAAGCGCUGGCAGCAGUACAACAUAAUUGACAACAUGAAACGUUUUAAGAAAUGUGCCUAUCCAUUUCGACGCAACGAGCGCAUUAUACGCUUCUUUGAUAACUUCAAGGACUUUAUGGGCGAGGAGGAGAUGUGGCAGAUAUCGGAGAAGAUCAAGCCGCGUGGACGCCGCCCCGUUAACUAUUAGUCUUCAAGCAGCAACAGCAAAACACCAAUAUUAUAUAUGAUAAAGUAUAUACACCGUAUUAAUUAAACAGUUCAAAACGGUUGCCACGUCUAGGAGGAGGAUCAGCAUCGGGAGCAGCCAACAACUAUUCUAAUGGGUCUGAGCAAUAAUGUUCGCUAUUCUCUGUCUAUAUAUAUACAAUUAUACAAGAUAUUUAGCUGUAAUUACCAGCCGAUGCCGAAUCGGAAAUACAUAUACAUACUUACUUAAGAUGUAGCGAUUCAGAUACGGAUACGGAUACAUGUAGCCGCGUACAAAUAACGAGCCGAUCUGUAGUUUAACUAUUAAGCUCUAUGAGUCAUUGGGUCGAUGGACCUAACCUCAGCUAACUCCCCACCAAUAUUCGAAUCCGAAUCCCUGUCUGCGAGUCCCAAAAACUUUUUCCCGGACUUUUGCCAGCACUAGAACACCAAACUAACUAACUAACUUACUUACCACCAGAGACAACCAAUCAAGAAAUCAGCAAUUUUCGCUUUUGUUUUGAGAUCUCUUUUUUACACAAGAACACAACGAAUUUUGAAAGCAAGCUACGUGAACGUAGAGGCCAACCGACAAACUAUAUUCGACGAUAUAUGUAGCGAUAUCUCGGACUAUAAAUCGAUGCAAUCCACGAGCAGAACACCAAGCGAACCCUAGCACAAAGCGCGUUAUAUGCAAUUCUCUCUCCAAACAACCAAUAUUAAAUACCCGUGUGUGUGUAUGUGUGUUAGAAGUUAUUCAAAUUGAAAUUGAACUCAAAAUCAAAAUCAGAGAUUUCAGAGUGCACGAAACAGAAAACAGAAGGCGGUAUCUAUCGAUCAAAUCAAUCAAUCAAUGAAAUCAAUCAAAAAUUCAUUUUGCGACUCAAUUAAUUGAAGAAACUUUUAAAGUUACAAAACAAAACAAAAUACAAAAAAUACAAAAAAAAAAAAAAAAACAAAAAAGGCGAGGAACCUGUGGAAGAGAUUAACUAAAUUCAAUUUGCUUUUAAAUGUACGACUAACAUUAAAAAUAUUUAUGGGCAUGUAAUAAUAGUUCUAAAUAACGCUUUGACUUCUCCUUUCAAUUCUGUGAGGAAUAAAUUUAUUGAUAUUGCGUGUAAAAAUAUUAAUCAUGAGAAGAAAUCUGAAAGCAGAGUUAAAACUGAAUGAAAUCGACCUCAAGUUGUUUUUACUAAGCAAUACUCUGUCUCGUCUGAGAAUAAUGUCUUCUUAUUUAGAAAUGGGAAACAGAAAAAAAGGCUGCUUACUUGAAGAAUUUAAUUCCCGAUCACCAUAGCCAUUUUAAUAAACAAAAAGAAAAGUCAAUUUUUUUUUUUAAUUUGUGUUGAGUGAAUUCGAUCUUCUUUUUGCUGCUGCUUCCGCUGCCGCUGGCGCAUCAAUUGUGUUUACUAAGCUAACGAACCUAGGGACAACAAUUUAUUCUUGUUUUUUUUUUUCACCUAUUUUUAAAUUAAAUAUUUUGUAUAUGUAGAGAAAAUUUUCAAUUGUAAAUGUAUUUGUAUUUAAAUGUUAUGUGUGUAUUCAUAAGAAUGAAAAUAGCUACC